UUUACCUCUGUGGUUAUUCAUUCUUUUAAUCAUAUGUGAACUUAUAAGCAUUUAUUAAUAUGACUUUUCGAAAGCAACAUACGAGCUCGCGUGUUGGCAUUACAUAAUUACAUGGGCUACAUCUGAAGGAAAAACAGCCCAGCCAGCUGACGGGUACACGGGACCUUUAAUGCAGCUGCAGCUCCUCAUUCAGAUGCUGAGCGGAGCAGCGGGUGACCGGAGGAGGGACGCUUUUCUAGGAAAACCAGAUUCCAGCUCUAUUGCAAUUAGCGUUUUUGAAAACCCCACUUGAUGACCACUGAGGGGUUUUCUGUUACUUGUAAUAUUUAGCAGAGAAAGUGCUGUCCUGAAUGCAGACUGAGUGGAUUGCGGCAGUAAACGCGUCCUGGCUGAUCGGAGCUCAGCAGAGGCAGCAGCAGCAUCACAUUGUAUGAAAUGCGUCACCGCGAUCCAGUUUUCCCAUUUAUACAUAUCGGGUUUCCACUCGCGGACUGUUCUCCGUACUGACUGUUUCAUCAGGUAACCACAUGCGCGGGCCGGUGUCACCGCGCUGAGCCCGGAGAGCACAAAGGGUACCUGGGUCAGAGAGACAAGCGCGGCUGAGAAAGGUGGACCGAAUGACUGCCAGAACCUCUGAGGCCUCAGGACUGUCGGUGCCGCUGCACCGCUGUCACGGGGGUUUCCAGGCCAAUAACGGCACCUGCGCGGAGCAGCUCAGCCUCUUUCUCCCGUUCUCCUCCACCCUGGCGCUCCUCGUGCUGGUGGCUGUGCUCGUGGGGAUCAUCCUCGUUUCCCUGGCAACGUUCCACUUCCACAAGAGGAAGCUUCGGAAGAGGAAGAUCCAGCGCGCGCAGGAGGAAUACGAGCGCGACAGUCGCAGCCCCUCGCGCACCGGGGCUAGCGGGGAGCCCGUGAAACCGUGCGUCAUCGUCCGACCGGUGCGAUGUGAGGUGAAGCUCUCGUGCCAGAGCGCAGAGAGCGGGGAAGUCCACGGAGCGCAGGAGGACAAACCUGACUGUUAACUCAGUGCAACUUCAGGGAACGAGACUCUGGAAUAAACAGGAAAAGCAAUAAGGCACAAAGAACUCCCACAUCCAUCUCCGCUGCUUGUAGAUGACUUAGAAACAGUAGGGAAAAUGCAGAUAACCGAGCAGAAUAACAGCCCUAGAGGAAUCACUAGUACUACAGUCACACAUACUGUAGGUUAGAUAUGGGGCCCACGCAUAGUAUUUAGCCAACACCUCGCGGGACUAUAUCAACUACUUGCUUGCUUUGACUUUUGGACCUCUUCCUCUUUCCCAUCCUAAAACAGUGUUUAAACCUCAAAGAUGUUUAAACUUUAAAUCCUUCCUAGGAUAUGACACAGUUAUGUUAAAUUAUUUGGAGCUGGUGACACAAGACAGACCAUAGUGGCUCGCUGAUAUUACUUGGCAUGUCCUCUGACACACUACCAAUAUGUAGUUAAAUUAUAAUGGAUGUCGUGGUGCUGUUAGGCAGUGCAAAGCUGCAUAUAGGCUAUAGAAAUAACUUAUUUAUUUGCAUAGUAUUUUCCUUCUAUUUGCAUAAAUUACUGUUCUCCUAUGUCUAUUAGACAUCUGUAAGUAGCUCUAGUUAGCCUGACAGGAUGCAAGACUUUUUGCUGUAGUUAUGCACAUAAGAUUUCUUCUUUAAUGUAUCAGAUUGUAAGUUUAGUGCUAAUAUAGUAUUUUCAACAUGUGAUAAAUUGAGAAUUCUUCCAACAGAGAGUUUCAGUUCCGCCUGCUCUUUCUGUUUGAUCCGUCAUAUUGUAUCAGUGAGCCUAAUUGAAAUUCUGUGUCAUCAAUUAUAUGAAUUUGCUGUAAAUGUAUGCCAUUAUGAGAGAUGGAAUGUUUUACAGUAACAUCAUCUUUCUGGAGUUCAUAUAAUCUGCCUUAUCAAAGGAAAUAUGUAAUAUUCACAGUUUAUAAAUAAAUACUUACCUUAUGUUAA